AUGGAGUUCAGGGAUUUAGACAGACAUGCAUUCUACGCGGGACACCCGCGGCCUUUAGCACCAUCCUCAGGCAGUUUUGAAUCUAUCGACCCAUCAACCGGGAAGGCCGUCUGCAAGAUACAUAGCUCUUCACCAAAAUCUGUCGAUGCCGCAAUCCAAUCAGCCCAAGAAGCAUUUUCUUCCUGGUCUAGCACCCCCGCUGUAGAAAGAGCACGUAUUCUACAGCAAGCCGUCGCUCUCCUACGUGAGUAUAACGAUGCUCUCGCGCGUGUCGAAACAAUCGACACCGGGAAGCCCUUCUCGGAAACUUCAACAGUAGAUAUCACCACGGGAGCGGACGUUCUCGAGUAUUAUGCAAACCUAGUAGCCAGUGGUGGAUUAAAUGGCGAAUCUUUUCGCCUUCGGCCGUCGGCUAUGGUAUACACGUCUAAAGAACCUCUAGGUGUUUGCGCCGGCAUCGGGGCCUGGAACUACCCAAUCCAAAUCGCCCUCUGGAAGUCCGCGCCUUGUUUGGCUGCCGGAAAUUGCAUGGUUUACAAACCGAGCGAGUACACGCCACUACAUGCCGAAUACCUAGCUGAUCUCUACCGCAAGGCUGGCCUCCCGGACGGCGUCUUCAACGUCGUAUACGGCAGCGGCGACGUCGGGUCCUAUCUAACGAGACACCCUGCCAUCGCGAAGGUUAGUUUCACCGGACAGGUCAGCACCGGGAUGAAGGUAGCCGGCGCUGCUGCCGGGGGGAUGAAGUACGUGACCAUGGAGCUGGGUGGCAAGAGUCCAUUAGUUAUCCUUCCAGGCGCGGCUGUGGACCAAGCCGUAGACGUAGCUAUGAUGGCAAAUUUUUUCAGUACCGGCCAAGUUUGUACAAACGGCACGCGAGUAUUUGUCCCGAAUUCGAUAAAAAAGUCAUUCGAGCGCACCUUGCUCGAGAAGAUAAAAUUCGUCCGAGCGGGCGAUCUUUUCAAUCCGACAACCAACUUUGGGCCUCUUAGUAGCAAGAUGCAUUACGACAAAGUGAUUCGGUACAUACGCCAGGGUAUCGAGCAAGACAAGGCGACGUUACUGAGCGGCGGGUUAGAGCAACCAUCCGGCAUACCUCCCGAAUUAAAAGAGGGCUACUGGGUCCAACCGACAGUAUUUACGGAUUGCACUGAUGAGAUGACCAUCGUGAAGGAAGAGAUCUUCGGACCUGUGAUGACAAUCCUGGCGUACGACACAGUCGAUGAGGCAGUCCAGCGCGCCAACGCCACAGAUCUGGGACUUGCCGCCGGAGUAGUGGGUCGUGAUAUCGACCUAUGCCACAGUAUUAUCUCGAAACUCGAGGCCGGCAUUACCUGGGUAAAUACCUGGGGCGAAAGUCCCGCCGAGAUGGCAGUCGGCGGCUGGAAGCUAAGUGGUGUCGGAGUAGAGAACGGGAAGAGAGGGCUCGAGGCGUGGGUUAGGAAUAAGAGCACGUUGGUCGAAAUGGGCGGGAGCGUGCCGACUUCGUUCUCGAAACUGUAA